AUGAAGGUCAUCGGCGUCUCGCUCACCUGCAGCGAGAUCUCGGCCCGCAAGGACAACCCGGACGUCGUCGCCCGGGACGAGGAGGAGAUCAAGCUCAUCUUUAGUUUCAGAAAAGGCGCCCUCUUUCAGGCGGCGGCCGUGAUGGAGCUUAUCUUGCAUUGUACUCAGACCUUUCCGGUUUGCGCGGGGGCGGAAUCCCGCACCGCGCGCUUCAAGUCCUUACGCGAGGUCUUUGCCCGGUGGUGCAUUCAAGGCUUAGUCCAAAAGGAGGUCGUGAUGAAGAUGAUCCGCUCGCUCGAGAACAUGGAGGGGAGCAUCAAAGUCUUCACGAGCUACUUCAGCACGGUGGCCGACCAAGAAUUGUCCUGGGGCGAGAUGCUGAGUUCCCUAUUGUAA